UCCAUUGUGUAACUUUGUAUACCUAUUUGUUCCUCGAACUUGUUAUUUCACAACGUUAGAGAGGAAAAGAAGAGAAAAGGCAAAGAAGAAGACGAUUCGGUCUCUCAAAACUUUGAUCGAAACAAUUGAACUGGUUUUUAUUUUCUCGGCCCUUAGAUCUGCUCACUACUUUCUUCCCCUUUCUCGAGAAAAUCUCUGGGAGGAGAUAUGAAACGAAUACGAGACGAUGGUUAUGCUAACUCACAAGUUAAGCGGCCAUUCAAUUCUUCUCGUGGGGAAUCCUAUGGGCAACCGCCACCCCAGAUCAUGGGAGCUGGAGGGGGAGGAGGAGGAGGAGGUCCACAGAAACUAACAACCAAUGAUGCCUUAACUUAUCUCAAGGAAGUUAAGGACAUGUUUCAAGAUCAAAGGGACAAAUACGACAUGUUUCUUGAUGUCAUGAAAGAUUUUAAGGCUCAAAGAAUUGAUACUACCGGUGUCAUAGCAAGGGUGAAAGAUUUAUUCAAAGGGCAUAAUAACCUAAUCUUUGGGUUUAAUACCUUCUUGCCAAAAGGUUACGAAAUCACUCUCACCGAUGAGGAUGAAGCUCCGCCAAAGAGAACUGUUGAAUUUGAGGAAGCUAUAAAAUUUGUAAACAAGAUAAAGAGACGUUUCCAAAAUGAUGAUCACGUGUAUAAAUCAUUUCUAGACAUCUUGAAUAUGUACAGAAAGGAGCACAAGGGAAUUACUGAGGUCUACCAAGAGGUUGCCGCACUUUUUGAAGACCAUUCAGAUUUGCUUGAGGAGUUCACGAAAUUUUUGCCUGAUGCCUCAGCUACAGCACAACACGUUCCAUUUGGCCGACAUUCUUUUCAUCGUUAUGAUGAGCGCAGCUCUGCUGUGCCAACAGCAAGGCAGACACAUGUGGACAAGCGUCGGCGGGACAGGAUAAUUGCUCCCAAUGCAGAUCGUGAUUUAAGCGUUGAGCGCCCUGAUUUGGAUGAUGAUAAAACAAUGACGAAAUUGCACAAGGAGCAAAGGAAGCGUGCUGACAAAGAGAACAGGGAUAGGAGAAACCGUGAUCAGGAUUAUAGAGACGCUGAGCAUGAUAGCAAUAGGGACUUUUCCAUGCAACGCCUUCCUGAUAGAAGGAAAUCUGCUCGGAAGGUUGAUGACUUUGGAGGAAAUUCUAUUUUGGCCUCUUACGAUGAUAAAGAUACAUUGAAAAGCAUAUACAACCAAGAGUUCAUUUUCUGUGAGAAAGUGAAGGAGAGAUUGCACAGUUCUGAUGAUUACCAGGCAUUCUUGAAGUGUCUUCAUAUUUAUAGCACCGAAAUAAUUACAAGAAAGGAAUUGCAAAGUUUGGUUGCUGAUUUACUUGGAAAAUAUCCUGAUCUUAUGGACGGGUUCAAUGAAUUUCUGGAGCGUUGUGAGAAUAUUGACGGAUUCCUUGCUGGUGUUAUGAAUACGAUAGCAGAACCUUUGUGGAAUGAAGGGCUUGUAUCCAAAUCAGUGAAAGUAGAUGACAAAGAUAAGGAGCAGAAGCGUGAAAUGGAUGGAGCUAAAGAAAAAGAUAGAUACAAGGAAAAGUAUAUGGGAAAAUCCAUUCAAGAGCUUGAUCUCUCUAACUGUCAACGCUGCACUCCCAGCUAUCGGCUUCUGCCAGAGGAUUAUCCGAUACCAUCAGCAAGCCAGAGAUCGGAGCUUGGUGCACAAGUUUUGAAUGAUUAUUGGGUAUCUGUUACUUCGGGUAGCGAAGAUUACUCUUUUAAGCACAUGCGCAGGAAUCAAUAUGAAGAAAGCCUAUUUAGAUGCGAGGAUGAUAGAUUUGAGCUAGACAUGUUGUUGGAGUCUGUGAGCUCUACUGCUAAGCGAGCAGAGGAACUGCUGAAUGGCAUUAAUGAUAAUUCAAUCAAUCUGGAGAGUCCAAUCCGUAUUGAAGAGCACUUUACAGCUCUGAAUUUAAGGUGCAUGGAACGUCUUUAUGGUGAUCAUGGUCUAGAUGUGAUGGAGACAUUACGUAAAAACCCAUCUCUAGCGUUGCCUGUUAUACUAACUCGCCUAAAGCAGAAACAAGAGGAGUGGACCAAGUGUCGGUCAGAUUUUAACAAGGUUUGGGCUGAAAUUUAUGCUAAGAACCAUUACAAGUCUCUUGAUCACCGAAGUUUCUAUUUCAAGCAGCAAGAUUCAAAGAACUUGAGCACAAAAUCCUUAGCGUCCGAGAUCAAAGAAAUAAAGGAGAAAAAACAGAAAGAGGAUGAUGUGCUUCUGGCUGCUGUUGCUGGAAGCAGACAUUAUAUAGCUCCAGAUUUUGAAUUUGAAUACUCUGAUCCUGACAUUCAUGAUGACCUGUAUAAACUUAUUAAUUAUUCAUGUGAAGAGGUCUUCACAAGUAAAGAACAAUUCAAUAAAGUUAUGAAGCUAUGGACUUCAUUCUUGGAGCCCUUGCUGGGUGUUCCAACUCGGCCUCAAAUUUCGGAGGGUGCUGAUGAUGUGGAAAAGGCUAGGGAUCGUGCUGCAAGUAGUACGGCAGCAAACAUAGGAGAAAAUGAUGGAAGUCCGGGUACUGAUACUUCUAUCUUGAAUUCUAAGCAAUCAAAACCUGUCAACAAUGGGGAUGAAAGCAAUUCACAGCAUCUAGUAAAUUCUUGCGGGACUAUUUUGGUGAAUGGUGAUACUGUGGCCAAGGAAAAUGGUCUUAGUUUAGAGGAAGAGCAAAAGAACAAAGUUAUUGUUGAUAAAGUGUCUGGAUUUAGUGCAGCAGUGGCCUCCAGUGAGCGAGUAACCAGUUCUAAUGCAUCACUUGCCAUUGGAGUAGACAACAAUCAUGGAAGAAUCAGCAUGGAGGCGGUAUCAGGGCAUGAUGGAACUCCUGCUCCCACCAAUACUGCUGUUGAGGAUAACUGUGAAGCCAAGACUAAGAUUGAUGUUUUACCUUCAUUAGAGGGUACUGAUGUUUCGAGACCAAUUCCAUUGGCAAAUGGAGGUUUGCCGGAUGGCACUGACGAAAUCAGAUCUGUUGAACCCUCUAAAAUGGAGAAAGAGGAGGGUGAGUUAUCACCUAAUGGCGGUAUUGAAGAGGAUAACUUUGUUGCCUAUGGAGAUGGUGCUUUGAACCCUAUGCCUAAAGCAACACAAGGUAGCGGAAGCAUGCAACAUACUGCUGGAAAUAGGGAAGAUGCCUGUUGUCAGGAUGCUGGAGGAGAAAAUGGUGUAGAUUCUGAUGACGAAGGCAGCGAAAAUGCAUCUGAGGCUGGUGAAGAUGUUUCCGGCAGUGAGUCAGCUGCUGAUGAGUGCUUUCAGGAAGAGCAUGAGGAGGAGGAAGAAGGAGAACAUGAUGAGCUUGAUGUUAAGGUUGAAAGUGAAGGUGAGGCUGAAGGGAUGAAUGAUGAAUACUUUCUCGAAGGAGAUGGCAUAACAUUGCCGCUGUCUAAACGUUCUCUGCAGAGUGCGAAGCCUCUCACAAGACAUGUAGCUUCAGCAUUACGUGACAAUGAAAAGAAAGAUGCUAGGGUUUUUUACGGAAAUGACAAUUUCUUUGUGCUUUUUAGGUUUCAUCAAAUACUCUAUGAAAGAUUACGAUCAGCAAAACUGAACUCGCAGUCUGCUGAAAUGAAAUGGAGAACUGCAAAGGAUACUAGUCCUCCUGAUCCAUAUGCAAGAUUUUUUAAUACACUAUGUAGUUUGCUUGAUGGAUCUGUUGACAAUGCGAAGUUUGAGGAUGAGUGCCGAGCUAUACUUGGUAACCAGUCUUAUGUGCUAUUUACAUUGGACAAGUUGAUAUAUAAGCUGGUGAAACAGCUUCAAACUGUUGCAAGUGAUGAGAUGGACAAUAAGUUGCUUCAAUUAUACGAGUAUGAAAAAUCUCGGAGACCUGAGAAAUUUUUUGAUGUGGUUUAUUAUGACAAUGCGCGUGUCCUUAAUGAUGAGAACAUUUAUAGAUUUGAAUGUUCAUCUGCCCCAUCCCGUUUGUCCAUUCAGCUGAUGGAUGAUGGAUAUGAAAAGCCCGAGGUGGUUGCAGUUUCUGUGGAUCCUAAUUUUAUGGCUUAUCUGGAAAAUAAUUUUCUGCCAGUAGUUUCUGGCAGAAAGGAGCCGUCAGGCAUCAUGCUGCAGAGAAAUAAACGCAAGCAUGCAGACCUCGAUCAAUUUUCUGCCAUAUCCAAUGCUAUGGAAGGCGUUCAGCUGGUCAAUGGUUUGGAAUGUAAGAUGUCUUGCAGCACAUCUAAGGUCUCCUAUGUUCUAGAUACAGAAGACUUCUUUUUUCGUACAAAAAGGAGAAGAAGUUUGUCAGGGAGCAGAUCUUCAUGCGAUAAUCAGGCAAGAGUAGAACGGUUCCACAGAUUCUUAACAGCCUCACAGAAAUUACCAUGCCUUCUUUCGUGAUACUAGACAGUUGAGAAUUUAUUGGGGGGGAUCAAAUCUAUACAGGUUUAAUUGAGGAGCAUCUUUCUUGUAUUUUCAUAUUGAUUCUGAUCAAGCAAAUAACAGUGGAGAUGGGGAACCGAUCAGGAAUGUAGUAUAUUGGGAAGUCGAAGUAUCUUAUGUUGUUGUCAUAUCAACUGCAUUUAACCAUUGUUCUGUAAAUAGGAUGAAGCGUGAUAUUACUAUAGAGUUUUGUGUUUAUUUCUGCUCUGUUGGGACUCUGCUAAAUUUCUUGUAGCAAUAUCUGGUGGUUCCGAUUAGUGGAACCAGAGUCAUCGUUGAUAGAAACUUGUGGUAGAUUAUGUAUGUGUAAGUCGUGAAACAGGAGAAAGAAAUAUAUGAAAAUCAUACAUUCGAGCUCC